CCUUAAAAACAAGUCUACAUAGUACAACGUAUUGCUCGAACAUAUCGCAAGUCACUGUUUAGUCUCGUUAUCCGAUUUUUAUCAAAUAUUUUAUUGCUCAUUGCUAUGAAGCUGACAAAAUGAUUGUGUCCACAUUCAGUUUCGCGAUGCAUGUGUUAGUGUCGUCAUUCAGAGUGCUCGCGCCUGUAGCUCAUGUCUUAGAAGCGAUGUUACCUCUUCGUCAUAUGAGUGUUAAAGCAGUGAAGGGGGCCAUAAAUUACAACACAAAGCAUCUGAAGAAAGGUGAUCCUCUACCGCCAUACACAGGCAAACUACGCGUAUACUGCAUGCGAUACUGCCCCUUCGCUCAGCGCACUAUCCUGGCUUUGAACGCUAAGCAAUUGGACUAUGAAGUAGUCAACAUCGAUUUGAUGGACAAGCCCGAAUGGUUCACCACUAAGAGUCCAUUAGGAAAAGUUCCUGCAAUAGAAAUCGAAGAAAAUAAGACGAUCUACGAAAGUCUAGUGACAGUGGAGUAUUUAGACGAUGUCUACCCACAAAGACCUUUGUUGCCCAAGGACCCAGUGAAAAAAGCCUAUGAUAAAAUUAUUGUGGAAGUCGCCACUGGGUUAAGUACCUUGUUCUACAAAGUUAUAAGAAACCCAGAAACGGUCACCGAGAAUACGAUGACUGCGUACCGCAAUGCGGUCAGUUUCAUCCAGGAGCAGCUAAAAAGCCGCGGUACCAAGUUUUUGGAUGGUGGCGAGCCUGGUUACGCAGACUACAUGAUCUGGCCCUGGUUUGAAAGGAUCUGGAUGUUGCAAGAUGUCGACGAGAGACUAAAAAUUGACGGUCCCGAAAAUAAAUUACUGGUUGAGUACAUACAAAACAUGCUGAAAGACCCAGCUGUAGCAGCAUUCUUGGUACCAAAGGAUAUUCUAUUGCAAGUUAUGGAAGGCUAUAGACCAGGAAACAGGCCCAACUAUGACUUGCUGCUUGAAAAAUAAAUAAAAUAUCAUAUUCACUUUUCAA